AUGAUGUAUUUACUGAUUGCCGUUUUGUGUGUAUCGGGAGGAUAUGUGUCUGCUCAGGCGCCAGCUUUUUGUAAAGGUGCGGAAUGUCCCAUGUUUACAACCAUAUCAUCAACUCAAUUACAAACAUUGGUGAACAAUAUCAACAAUCCUCAAUCAUACGACAAUACUUACUUUAUGACAGCCACCUACGAUAGUCCUUCAGUUAAAACUAACAGACACAACGAAGUCUGGUUGAAAAAGAUCGCAUAA